ACUAGCUUUUGACGUGAUGUCAUUUCGGAGUAACAUGACAGCAAAUAGGACCCAGCAGAGCUCUCCGGCGAACCUCACCUGUCCCCAAACGCACUUUUACUUUUCCACCUGAAGUCGCCUGCAGAAUCCCGACAUCUGUCAGCCUUAAAAGAUAACGGCAUGUCUUUUGCAUUGCUCUGCAGUUUGUUGCUGGUGCACGGCUCGCUCGGGGAGAUCGUGUUCCGCUGUCCGAGUUGCACCGCGGAGCGCCAGGCAGCGUGUCCCAAGCUCACCACCUCUUGUGAGAUUGUCAGGGAACCGGGUUGCGGUUGCUGUCCGGUUUGCGCUCGGCAGAAGGACGAGCUGUGCGGGGUCUAUACGCCGAGAUGCGGCAGCGGUUUGAGGUGUUACCCGAGCGCGAAUUCAGAGUUACCGCUGGAGCAGCUGAUACAGGGACUCGGACGAUGCGAGAACAAAGUGGACCUGGAGCCCACCAUGACCAACCAGGAGUCAGCAGCACACAGUGGUGAGUCUCAAGACUUGUUUGACUUGGGAAAUCAACACCGAGUCAGAUAUCAGUGCAGGGUCUUUGUUCUGGCACCCCUUUCUCCACCAUCUUGUUUGAUUGUUUAUACAGCCCCUUUGUUAGAUCAACUUCUGCCCAAACCGCUGCUGGUGCAUCUGCUCAUCACACUUUCUUGA